AGCAAAGCACGCCACGUCUCAGGCACAGGUCCUCCAUAUUCUUUGGUUCCUUAAGCCACCAAUCCGGCUCAAAAAUGCACAAGACUCUCCGCGGCAGCAGCUUCACGGAAGAUCAAGGAGAAACAAGUUCUAACCCUCAUAGCUACACGGAACAGUCAAAUACACUAAGGCUGAAGGCCCGGAGAGUUUCUCGGUCACUCAGGAUCAAGCUAAAGGGCUUGUUUUCUGGUGCCAAAUCUGAAGACGGGGCAGGCCUAAUUCCCUGCCAACACAUCGAGGCCCAACGAACUCAUGUAACACCCAUACGUACUUCGGAUACCGACGCCAAAUCAACUAUGGAUGAAGAUGACGGACUCAUCCAUAGUACUCCAGCAAGGGUGUCCACCCUCCGAGUGGUGCCAUCGGGGCUUGCUCAUUCCAGCAAAGCAAGCAUGGAGAGCCUGAAGAGCGAGCGGGAUCGCAAGGUAUCAGAGGGCUCGUCACUGACGAGCUGGGCGCACUCCGGGCCGAGCACACUCACGAGCCAGGAGCAGCAACAAUGGAGGGAAUGGGAGAAGCAGCGCCUCUCCGUUAUUAGGGAGAAUGGCGCACAUGCCCCAUCACCCUCCAUCCGGAGACGCGUACUCGGUUCGGGGAUGUUCCAACCCCCUGCCCACGCUGCCGAAAGUCCCGUUGCUGCCGGUCCGAUGGUGGAUAGCCAACGGAUUUAUUCGGCCCUCGUAAAGCGCAUGAAGACCACAGACAGUCAGACCGCACAAAAUGCCGGGUUAGAACGUCCGGCUUCGGCUGGCGAGGAUGCCGAGGAACAUUCGAAUGAGACACCAGACACGAUUAAGCCUGUCAUCCCAGACCGCAAGUACCCGGCAGCGUCCCGCGACAUACAUACGCCAACACGAUGUUCAAAGAGAGCGAGCUUGUCUCGCAAGUCCGGCUCAUGGGAUCAAGAAGUCGAGAGACCGGCAUCCGCCGCCACCGAGGUCGCAAGUAUCCACAAGGGGCUACAAGGAGAGCCGGAAGUGGACAGCAAUGACAUAUUUACUCAGGGGAACGCUCGUCCAGACUGGCACUCGAGUGUUGCUGGUAGUCCGGCAUCACAUCUCUUCAGGAAGGGAAGCCCUUACCGCCGCGCGCUUAGAAGGUCGAUGCAGGAGGAGCAAAAUGCCUGGGCCCAGCAGUGUUCGGUCUUUGAUCAGGACUCGGACACAGGGACCCAGGUUCACCACGGGAGUGACGGUGGCAACGUCCCCGAGACCGACUCCGAUUCGGCCAAGGACCUUGCUUACUCCGAGAGUGUCUACUCCUCGGAUGAGGGUGACCGCGGCUCAAAGGGAGGAAGUGGGAACAGCGCCGCAAAUACACCAGCCAUGUAUUGCCCUGGGGCGCAUCGCGAGACUUCAGCAGCUAGCUCAGUCGACUGGAAGACCUGGCUGUCAGCCAACGUGGACAAACUCGAGCCCACCCCAUCCCCAACUAGGCCAUCAUCUCAUGCAGAAUACGCCCUACCAACCAUGUCCCAGAAGUUCCACGCCAUCACCGCCAACCGCUUCCCAUCUCUCCGCGGCCACGUCCGUGAACAGGCCCAAAUCGAUGACGACGACGACACAGACGCCGUCUCCGAUUCCACCCCGACCCAGAAACCCGCCCGGGAAAUCACAUCAUCAUCAUCACCAUCCCCAUUCACAACACUCACAACAGCCCCAACCUCAACAGCAACGCCCCUCGGCCAAGUCCCCGUCCAACCCAAUAUCAUCACCAACCGCUCCCCACUGCGCCACGCCAUCUCAGUCAGCAAGCAUCUCACCCCGCCUACAUUCAGCAUCUACCACAGCCACGGCCACGGCUCGGAACCGGGCAACAACAACAACAACACCACCAACACCAAUCGAUUCCGAAUCGAGAACGAGAGCCCCACCCGCGCCCCGCCGCCGCCGCCGAUACCGCCUAGGAGCAAGAUGCGGCCGGAGCCGCUGCGGAUUGUGCGGGGGAGUCUCGGGUCUCAGGGUCAGGGCCAGGGCCAUAUUUAGGGUUAUGGUCAGGACGCGUUGGGCAACAAGUUUCUGGCGAGUCCCACUGCGUCGGUGCUGUCGAGUCCCGGGUUGAGCGAGGCUGUGCAGAGGCAGUUUGGCGGGCUGGGCUUCACGGGUGGGAUUGGUGUGAGGGG